GUAAAAGAGAAAAGAGGAUCUAUAAAUAGAAAGGCCAAGGUACCUUGAAUAGGCUUGAAGAAGCCUCCAGCUCUUCAGCGCUUUCCUUCUUCUUCUUCAACCUCUUUCCACACAAUUCACAAACACAAAUACACGCGAUGGCGGGCCCAGACUCUCUCAAGUUCCUCUGUAGUUACGGCGGCAAGAUCCUCCCACGUCAUCCCGACGGCAAGCUCCGUUAUCAGGGCGGUCACACUCGCGUCCUCGCCGUCCCUCGCUCCAUCUCAUUCUCGGAGCUGAUGGUAAAGCUAGGGGAAUUAUGCGGAACACCCGUGACGCUACGGUGUCAAUUACCUACAGAAGAUUUAGAUGCAUUAGUAACCAUCACUUGUACGGAAGAUCUGAAAAACCUGAUCGAAGAGUACGACGUCGUUUCGUCUCUCAAGAUCAGAGCCUUCCUUUCGCUCCCAAAGAAACCAACUUCACCUUCCUCCUCAAGCUCUUCCUCACCAAAAUCGACUCAAGCUGUUGCCGGAAAUGUCGAUCACAAAGCUAGGUUUCCGGCGACGACAUGCUUUCGUCACAUCCCUAAGCCUGUCGGAUAUCCAGUUUGCUUCGACAAAGCUGCCGGAAAAGUCCCGGCGACGGCGUCGUAUUACGCAAAUGGAAAUCCAUCUGCUCGGAUUUAUUUGAUUCAUAAUGGCAAUCAUUGGCAAUAACAACAGGACCGGCCUUAUGAUUUAAAUCUCGAAACAUUUAAAUCGAACAUCAAAAUAUUAUACCACAAGAAAACACUAGCAUAAGAAACAAAAAAUGCAUAUAUCUUUAUAUAUGUGGUUCGUGAUGUAAAAUCCUUGAGUUGAAUGGAUUGGAUUGAUUUUUGAAUCCA